AUGAGUGAGGUAGCUAAGAUUGAAAAGAAGCCAAUCAACUUCAGCAACAUCCUCUUGGGUGCAGGGUUGAAUCUUGCUGAAGUUACCACAUUGGGACAACCAUUAGAAGUUGUUAAGACUACUAUGGCAGCUAAUCGUAAUCUUGGGAUUCUUGGAGCCACUAAGGUUGUUUGGUCUCGUGGAGGAGUUAGUGGAUUUUACCAGGGGCUAAUUCCCUGGGCUUGGAUUGAAGCAUCCACCAAAGGGGCGGUACUUUUAUUUGUGUCAGCUGAAGCUGAGUAUAGAUUAAAGACUUUAGGUAUGAGUAACUUUGUUAGUGGUAUGGGAGGUGGUGUUGCAGGUGGGUUGGCUCAAGCUUACUUAACCAUGGGGUUCUGUACUUGUAUGAAGACAGUUGAGAUCACCAGAUCCAAACAAGCACAUGUCCCAGGAGCCGUGCAACAAACCUCCUUCCAAGUGUUUAGAGAAAUCUUUAGAAAGGAAGGUAUUAGAGGGAUCAAUAAAGGAGUCAAUGCUGUUGCCAUAAGACAAAUGACCAAUUGGGGUUCAAGAUUUGGGUUCAGUAGAUUGGCUGAAGAAGGUAUUAGAAAAUUAUCUGGUAAAGUUAAUGGUGAAAGUUUAAAUGCUUGGGAAAAGAUCUUGGGUAGUGUUGUUGGUGGUGGAUUAAGUGCUUGGAAUCAACCUAUUGAAGUCAUUAGAGUUGAAAUGCAAUCCAAAACCAAUGAUCCAAAUAGACCUAAAAACUUAACUGUGGGAUCUGCUUUUAAGUAUAUUUAUCUGAAUAAUGGUGUUAAAGGCUUAUACCGAGGUGUUACUCCAAGAAUUGGUUUGGGUGUUUGGCAAACAGUUUUCAUGGUAGCAUUUGGUGAUAUUUUCAAGAAAAUGUUGAAUGCCAAUGGAUCAGGUCAUUAA